AUGGAUGCUUAUAAACUGGCUCGAAUCAGUGAAGAUAAGAACACUGUGGGUUGUGAAAUUUAUUUUGACGAAAACUAUGUCAAUUCCCUUGACGGGUCUACGACAACGACCCCCAAGGCGGCAGUGAAGACGGCGCCGGUGGAUAGAUCAAGCACUUUGCGGAGAGAAGCUUUGUUCUUACACAAACUUAGAGGGAACCCGUACAUUGUUGAGUAUUACGGAGAAGACGUGAGUUUCGACGAAAACGACGACGGGUACGCUUACAAUCUUCUAAUGGAGUACGCGCCCGGAGGUUUGCUGAAGGAAUUGAUAGCCAGUUACGAGGACAUCAUGCCAAAAGCCCUUGCAGCGUGCUACGCUUACAUGCUACUGAAAGCUAUUUCUUUUGUUCAAGACAAUGAUAUUGUUCACUGCGAUAUUAAGCCGGAAAACGUCCCAUUUUUCCCCACAACCAAUGGUUAUCUAGACCAUCUCAAGCUUGCGGAUUUUGGAGUGAGCAAGAAUGUGAGUGAUGACAUUGUUGGCGCUUGGGGGACGGAGGAAUAUUUAUCGCCAAAAUCGGUAAAACAUGAGAUUCAGGGCAAGGCGGCGGAUAUAUGGGCUUUUGGGUGUACUGUUUUAGAGAUGCUCAAUGGUGGCAAAGACAUUUUGGGAUUGAAGGAGGAAGAACAUGAGGCCGGAGAUACCUGA